UCACUGUAGUUUAACAAUGACCCGAAAACAUAUUUUUCUCAAUUUCACUGUUACUAUCCUAAAACUGUCAUUCUUGUGGCCUUCUAAUGACAAUUACGAUCAGUGGAGGCUUGUCAAAGACGCCUCCUUGAUUGUGUCACUGAUGCCGUGCGCUCUGCCUAUUCUAGCCCACUUUGUUUUGCAAAUCACCGGUGAUGUUUACAACAUGGUCACAAUAACCGAAAACUUGAUCGCUCUGAUUUGCAUCAUUGGCAUGAUUUACAUGACCAUAUGUUUUGUCAAAAACCGAAAACUUGUCAAAACCCUUGUCAAAAACCUCCCAGCUUUCACCAAAUAUAGCAAAACAACCGAUAUCAUUUUAACGGACAAAAAAGCCAACUUGUACACAAAAAUAUUCGUUUUUUACGGAGUCAUUGGCAAUGUUGUGUACAUGAUAAUGCCGUAUUUGAAUAUCGAAAAGUGUCAACAACGUCAAAAUAAUGACGUUCCGUGUGGUCUAGUGACUCGUUGUUGGUUCCCAUUCAAAUUUGACUAUAGCCCAGUUUUUGAAAUUGUUUUCGUCCACCAAUUCUACACUUGCUUGAUGGUUUCGGUCAUUAUUUUGGAUUUGACAAUGUUGAUUUGUGGGUUUUUGAUGCAUAUUACGAACCAGUUGAAACAUUUGCGGGGUUUUAUUAAACGGUUCGAUUGUUCGAGCCAAAAAAUUGCAGAGGAUGUCAUCUACUGUGUCAAGUUUCACACCGCAAUCAUCACAUACUCUGAAAAAACAAACGAAGCGUUCGGCACCAUGAUGAUGCUCCACAUCACACUAACAUCUCUUGUUAUCAGUGCGCUAGGUUUCGAGAUUUUAAUUGUGGACAACUUCAAUGAUUCUUUACGAUUCACUUUACAUCUCCUCGGAUGGUUGGUGUUACUUCUACUGAUUUGUUACUACGGACAACUUCUAAUAGACGAAAGCAUUGCAGUCGCUGAAGAUAUUUAUUACGUGCCUUGGCAUUUAGCACCAGUUGAUGUGCAAAAAGACAUCUACAUGAUUUUAAUGCGAUCGCAAAAACCUCUAACUCUCAAUGCUGCAAAUAUUGGAGUGAUGUCUUUCCCGACCUUUCUUCGUGUCAUCAGUUCGGCGUAUUCUUACUUCACUUUGUUGCUUAAUAUAAAAUCGUAAAGGGAAUAUGUAAUUGUAGUAGAUAGACAACUAGUAAUACACACUUGCAUCACA